AUGCCCCGCCCGCAUCUCGUUAUCCCCGAUCGGGGGAAACUGCAACCAUGCCUCGUGUCGCGAAUAAAAGCCCACCGCCGCUCAGGCGGCGGGAACUCCACCCCUCAGAAGAACGCGCCCAUCAAAAUUCCCCUUAACGAUGAUAUGGGAGAGAAAGCAGCGCGGAUGGAGGCCAGACAAGCGCUCCACGACCGCCAGAUGAAUCAGAUCAAGGCCGCAGUCAAGACGCCUAUGCCCGCCCGUCGAUACCGCGAAGGAAGCGACGAUAGCCCCGCGACGCCUCGAGGAUCCAACCAUCGCGGUCGCGAAAGCGAUGUCAGUGGCCGGGGUGUGACGCCCAUGAAACGCGUACCCAUUCUGGCGAACUUUGAAGAAUGGAUGAAGAUGGCUACCGAUAAUAAGAUCAAUGCAAACAACUCCUGGAACUUCGCCCUGAUCGACUACUUCCACGACAUGUCGCUUUUGAAAGAAGGAGACGGUGUCAACUUCCAGAAGGCUAGUUGCACACUCGAUGGCUGUGUGAAGAUCUAUACAAGCCGUGUCGAUAGUGUUGCGACUGAGACGGGAAAGCUCCUCAGUGGCCUGGCUGACAGUCGCGAUAAGCGCGCUCGCGAUAAUGAGGCCGAGGGAGAAGAUGGGGAUGAAGAUGAGGACGGUGAAGAGGGUGGAGGGCGCAAGUCGCGCAAGAAGACCCGAUCGCAUGAAGCCACACUCGCCCCGUCUUUCAACUCAUUACAACUGAAGAAGUUUGAGCUGGAAUUUGCCGUCGAUCCUCUCUUCAAGAAGGCCUCCGCAGAUUUCGAUGAGGGUGGAGCCAAGGGCUUGCUUCUCAAUCACCUCGCUAUCGAUGGGCAUGGAAGGAUUGUGUUCGACAGUAGUGAUGAUGCCGUUGAUGAUAGCUCAAAAACUGCUGAAGGUGAUGGUGAUCGCCAGGAGUCCAUGGAUCCUGAAUCCCAGAGCGAGGAAAAAUCAAAACCUACACAACAGGCUAGCGAUACUUUUGAUGACGACUCAGACAUUGAUCUUGCGACCCUUGCUAGUCAGUUCUUCCCGGAUCUCGAUCGCCUUGGCGAGCAAGAUAUUUGCCCCUCCUUGAAGAACUUUGAUCUUGGUGAUCCCAGUGGAAACCUGGAUAUUCCUCUGCUUAAGGCUCCAGAGGAGUGGAGGCAUGACAAGGCCAACGAAGGCGAGGGUGGACAAGAAGACCCGUCUGGUAUAAUGCUAGACGAUGACAAUGCCGUCGGCUUUGACGACGACGAUCUCGGUGGUUUUGACCUGAGCGAGGAUGCUGGCUUCGGUGACGGUGGAGAGGCCUGGGCACGAGAGGCCGCCUUGGAGCCCAUGCUCAAAGUUCACCGACUUGACCACGAUGGUCAGGAUGCCGAUGGCGAUGAAGAAAUGGUGGACGAGGAUACCUUUGCUAUUUCCAUGUCUCAUCAACCCAGCAAACAAGACCACGAGAGUAUACUCAGCUACUUCGACAAUGCACUUCAGAAGAACUGGGCCGGUCCCGAACAUUGGAAGAUUCGAAGGAUCAAAGAUACGACUGCCGCCAAGGACACGAGUUCGGCACCGAAACAGCGCAAGGAGAAGGAGCCGUUUGAAAUUGACUUCUCUGCGCCGCUUGAUCCUGCCAUUGCUGAACUCAUUUACACCCCUGCUAGUUCCAACUCUGCGAUCUCCAUCCCGAAGACGCAAUGGAAAACCAAGGGCCGUAACUUGCUGCCUGACGAUAAGCAUUUCAACUCCAAGAGCCUGCUAAGUCUGUUCCUGAAGCCCAAGGCCCGUAUGGGAUCAAGGAAGCUCCUAGGCAGGCGGACACAAAACGUUAGACCUGAGCAAGUAUCUGGGAACGGCGACAUGGACGAGGCAUUCUGGGCAAACCACAAGACAGAAGAUACCACCGCCGAUGAGGGCGUUGGCGGUGCUUACGAUGCUAAUUUCUUCGCGGACGACGACGGCCUUGCUUUCCCGAACGGCAUGGAUCUUGAUGAUGACGACGAUAAUCUUCCAUUUGCGGAUGCGCGAGAGAUGCUGUCUCCGGCUGCUGAGGGCCGUCCUGGAACUGCUGUCGGUAAUGCCACCGGCAUCACCGCGUUGCUUAACAUGGUUGGUGCAACGCCAGGCCGUCCUGGCGCAGGCGGAUAUGGAUCUCAGCUUGUGACCCAAGGUGGACGCCGUGCACGACCAGACUAUGUCAACUAUGCACGGGUGGCUAAGAAGGUGGACGUACGACGCCUUAAGGUCGAGAUGUGGAAGGGCAUGGGCGAGCGUCUAGUCACUGCCUCAGAAUUCAGCUCUGCCUCACAACCAGGAGCUGUAUCAAGUGACGUCCCACCUGAACCUGACAGCGAGGCUGAUGAGCCGGUCCCUCCAACUCCUCAAGCGAGCAGCCCGAACAAGCCUAGCGAUUCCGAUAAGGAUGGCCGACUACGCUUCACACAGAUCAUGAACAGUUUGAAGGGGGUCUAUCCCGCCGAGAUGCUUCGUGAUAUCAGCACGUCAUUUGGUUUCAUUUGUCUGCUUCAUCUAGCCAAUGAACAGGGUCUUGUUCUAGAGAGUGACAUGGACCAGAUAUCCCAUGAUGCCAUGAGUUUGGAGGAGAUAUUCGUCAGUCGCGAUGCUCACGCCGUCCUGGAAGAGGGAGGCAUGUGA